UUGAAACGAAACGUGUGACGUCGGGUGGGUUGUUUACCUAUGGUGCUGAAAGGGGGCGUGUGACGUGAGAGCUCGCACAAAAAGGUGAGGUGCUGAUACUUUCAGAAUCCAGAACUUCCUCGACCUUGUGCUGCUUCUGCUCUCGUUCCGUCAUUGCAUUAGCAACGCACCACUUUACGCGCAUAUAGAACAACAUUACAGGCGGUAUUUGGACAUUAAGUGAACUCGUUGAAUAGUAUUUGUAAAUGAGCAAUUCCUUAAGUUGGCAGUGGACUGAAAUAGGUCGGCGCUCACAUGAGGUGCUGGAUUUAUCUUGUUUAGUAUUAAGAACUGCGAUGUACCGUAAGUAAAGUACUCUACCGCUUUAUUUUUUAAAUAGUUUUCUGUAUUGACCGAUGUUGACUCAAAAUAAUCGAAUUAAUCGAUAGGUUUGACUUGUAAACGCGUAUAUAAAGUAUAACAUCGUACAUGUAAAUCUAAAUUGAUCAUCUAACCACGCCAGGACAGGUAUAAAAUACUGAAAAUGUAAACAUACACAUACGAAAAUAACUAAAUAACAAAAACAAGCAUUUUAGCCAUUGAGAUAAAUACAUUGACAGUAUUUACAUACAAUAUAAAACUACUGACAAAACAAAAGUAAUACUUGAAUUAGUAAGUAUUGUACCUUUUUGUUACUAAUUUAUUAUAUGGGAAUUCGUAACUGCUGAGACAUCGAUACAAAUAAAAUUGUAUAUCGCAUCUGAGAACGCUGUACAACACACAAGAGCAAAACGAAAUAACGUACACCAUCUAAAUACGUACAACACACUCGAAUCACGUCAAAAUAGUAACCAAUGAUUCGCAGAGAAAAUUACGAGUGCCUAACGUACAUCGCGAAGGCUUAGCUAAAAAAUCACCAUCCACGUGAAUACAUCGGUCAACAGCAACAGGUAGACACAACGACCAAUACGCACUCCUCAAGACAAGAUGACGGAGCGACCAUAUGACGCAUACCUAUGCUGCAGCAGAGAGGACGAGGAAUGGGCUGAGCUGGUGGCUCAGCAUAUGGAGGCGGCCCCAAACAACUUGCGCGUGUGCCUGAGCAGUCGCGACUUUGUCCCGGGCAUGGCCAUCGUGGACAACGUCUGCAACGCGGUGCACAGCUCCCAUCUGAUCCUGCUGGCCCUCUCGCUCGGGUUCCUGGAGAGCGGCUGGUGCGAUCUGGAGACCAUCUUGGCGCUCACCAACUCGGCGCAAGCGACGUGCGUGCUGGAGAGGAACAGGCGCGUCGUUCCCGUGCUCCUUGAGCCGUGCAACGUCCCCGAGCGGCUGCGCUUCCUCACGAGGCUCGACGCUCGCGAGCCGGACUUCCUGGCUCGCCUCGUGGCUCUGGUGCAGCAGCGUGUGCCACUGAUGGACGCGGACUGCAGGAGGCCCAGCCUGGAGCUCGCUCCCACGUCGGUGCCGGAGGCCAGGGUGCAGGAGCAGGACUACUUCGACAUACAGAACCACCACAGUAAUGUAAAAGAGGAGUCCGAGUUGCAGUCUUGCCAGAACUGCAAGGAGUGGCAACUGAAAUUCAACGCUCUGGAAAAUGAGAUCGCCAAGCUGGAAGCUAAACAUGGGCGACUUGUCGUGCAGCACCUGCCGCCAAGUCCAAUCUCGAAAGGUCACAACGAACAACCUCUGCCACUGGUGUCUUUUAAUCAGGCCUCGGUGAGGUUCUUGUCAGUGGCAGCUGCGAUGAGGAUAGUGCCCUCAAUUGUGUCAUCCGGUCGAUUAAGUUUUCUGACAUCGAUGUGUUCAGGAGAGUCGUUCUGUCUGAUGUCACAGGGGAUCUUGCUCAGCACAAGACUGUUGACUCGUGUCAUAUGCAAAAUGCAGCCAGAUCUGGUUUUUGAGUGACACAAAAAGUACUGUUUUUGAUAAAUAAUAAAUACAUAUUUCUAAAUAAAUAUUCACAUUUUGACCUUGACGGUAAUGAUGGGGUGUUUAUUAAACUUGAGCUAUUUCAUCGUUGUAAUGCUAUUGCAUUACAAAAACACAACUUGUACUUAUUUUCCAAUGGCAUCUGAGCCGAGCCAGCGAAGGGCGCUCACGGUCAUGGGUGGGUUUACACUGGCUAUUUGCCGUGCCGAAACAAACCACACUACGCUCGCCUCACAAGACAUGAAUCUGGCUUUGGGCCAAGUAGGGUCAGCGGUGGAGGCGAAUAAUGCAUGUGACAGCACAGUACGUCUCUAACACAUCACGACGGCAUGGGUCUUAUUCAGCAGUGGAAAUGCAACCUGGCCGGCUCAGCACGGUCCCAGCAUGGCACUGUUGGGUAGUAGAAAAUAGGUAUUAUUACCUCCACGACAAGUAACUGAAAUAAAACACUAUUUAAGCUUUUUUUUUUACCAGGUAAGGCCCACCAUGCUAUAUAUCUCUUUUUUAGAAGCGACCUGGCUACAAAUGAUAGCUCAACAAAGUGGCUUAUCAUCGUGUGGGAAU